GUGCGCAGGCGUGCGCCGGCGGCCGGCCGGGACGUUGGUGCGGCGGUUAGCUGAGCCGCCUCAGGGCUGCGCUCGCUCCAGCCGCGCAGGGUUGCAGGACCAGCUGAGUGGGUGCAGCUCGUGGCCGGGCAGACCGGGGCCGGGACUGGGACCCUGACGGGCUGGGAAGCGCCCGGGAAGCGGAGGCCGGUGGGCAGGACUCGGAGGUCCCGGGUGUCCGCGGCUUGUGGCGUCGGGUCGGGCCGGGCGGAGCGGAGUCGGCAGGCCGCCUUCGUCCCCGGGCUGAGGGCGGGGCGCGCCCUGUGGCCCAGCCCCUGCCCUGGAGGCGCGGCCGGGCUCCCCAGCCUGGCCACCCUCCAGUCCCUGCUCACCCGUAGCCUGGAGACAUGGAGCCGGUGCUCGUGGUCCACGGCGGCGGCGCCAGCUGCAUCUCGUGCGAGCGCCGGCAGCGCGUGCGCCAGGGCGUGAUCCGGGCGGCCUCGCUGGGCCACGGCGUGCUCAGGGCCGGGGGCAGCGCCGUGGACGCCGUGGAGGCGGCGGUGGCGGCGCUGGAGGACGACGCCGAGUUCAACGCAGGCUGCGGCUCCGUGCUGACAGCAGAUGGAGACGUGGAGAUGGACGCCAGCAUCAUGGAUGGCAGAGACCUGGGCGCGGGAGCCGUGUCCGCCGUGCGCUGCAUUGCAAACCCCAUCAAGCUGGCGCGGCUGGUCAUGGACAAGACCCCACACUGCUUUCUGACUGACAGAGGUGCAGCCAAAUUUGCAGCAGACAUGGGGGUCCCGGAGAUUCCUGGGGAGCAGCUCGUGACGGAGAGGAGCAGAAGACAUCUGGAGAAGGAGAGGCGAGAGAAAGGCACCGCAAGCCCUGACUGCCCCACGAACUUGGGAACCGUGGGUGCUGUGGCCCUGGACUGCAGAGGGAACGUGGCUUAUGCCACCUCUACAGGGGGCAUUGUUAACAAGAUGACUGGCCGCGUCGGGGACUCGCCAUGCGUAGGGUCCGGAGGCUACGCCGACAACUGCAUUGGAGCGGUGUCAACCACAGGGCAUGGCGAGAGCAUCCUGAAGGUGAACCUGGCCCGGCUUGCACUCUUCCACCUGGAGCAAGGAAAGACGGUAGACGAGGCUGCGGAAUUGGCGCUGGGCUACAUGAAGUCGAGGCUCAAAGGCUUGGGGGGCCUCAUCAUGGUCAGCAGAGCAGGGGACUGGGCAGCAAAGUGGACCUCGACCUCUAUGCCCUGGGCGGCCGUGAAGGGUGGCAAGGUGCACUCUGGCAUUGACGUGGGUGACACCACCGUGACAGACUUGUGCUGAGCUGGAGAUGAUGCCUGCAGGGCUGGCAUAGCUUGAUCAAUUAGAUGUGGAAGGGCAAAUUCACCGCGUCUGUUCCUGCUUUUGUUCCUGGUCCAUGAGCAUCGGAAUGUUUGCUUUUGGGCUCACAGAAGUCCAAGAAAGACUAACAUCAGAUCUAGUGGGAUGGAGAGUGUCACAAGCUGAAGGACCUGAGCUAAGGCCAUGGGCACCAGGGCAGGGGACUUGGGGUGGGUUGGGGCGAGCCAGUGAUCCUCACCCAGGCAAACUGAAACAUCACCCAGCUGAUGUGAGGCAUGAGACCUCCUGGCAACAGGUGUGGUUCCAGGCAAGAGGCACAGAUUUUCUAAGGCCGCUCAGGUCGUGUGUGACCCACAGUGGCUUGGGCUCCCUACCCUACAGGACCCCCCCCCCAGGUCUCCCUGCCUAGUGUGAGGGUGCCGGUGGGGCUGCCGUCCUGCAGUCAGGGAUUUCCUAGGUCACCCGGGGGCUGGGGGCCACGUAAGGGCACAGGGCUCUCGGCACACCAGCCUCCCCAGCAGCAGGGGCUGAGGGAUGCAGAGGGGACGCAGGCCGGGCUGUGGUGCGUCCUGGGACAACCCUGCUUGCUUGCGGGGAGCGCGGAGGUCCGGGGCGGGGCGGGCGUCUCCGCCCCAGGGAGCUGCCCGGGUGCUUCCUUUCCUCCCGCUC